UAGUACUUUGUAGUGAGCGUAGUGUGUUAGUGUGUAGUGUUUAUGGUUGUGGUUAAAAUUUGGAAUCACAUUUAUUCAGUGAAUAGGUCGUGUUAAAUUAACUACCGUUUAGUAAAAUUGUGAUCUCUGCAGUUACCGUAAUAGGCUACUAUCAAAUGGCAGGAGCCCCGAAAUAAUUGAAAAACAAAGCUACUCAAACAUAAUCAACAAUUAAUAAGGCUUUCUUCAGAUGCUAAAAUAGGCUAGGCCUAUUUUUAGUUGGGAUAUCCUAAUGGUUUUUAUUUGUGUAUGCUACAAAAUGAAUUAGCCCUACGAAAACGCAGUGUAUAAUCAUAAGAUAUUAUCUCUGAUAUUAAGGCCUAGUUAAAAACUUUUGUUAGGUUAGAUUAGAAUUAAUUACUAUAGGCCCUAAUCCUCCGCCAUGAGAUUGACACUACCCCUUACGAAACAUAAUUUAUACCGACUCAUGAGAAACCAGUGGAAAACAGCAAGGAAAAGGCGUGUCGUUGAGACUCAAUCCAUAUCAGUUUUAAAAGAAAGGAAUAUUGAGUUCAUUGAUGCAAAUGAAUAUGUCAAAACUCCUCUACCAAAUUUUGAUUUCUCUACCGUUGUUGGACUUGCUCCUAAGCCAUUGUUGAAAGAUGAAAAUCACCCCAUGUACAAGGAGCAGCCUUGUUACAUCCACCACGAUGGGUCUGUUCUUAUGGAAGGAAUGCAGCAGGCUUUGGUUCUCACCAAUACUGUUCAACUUGAGACUGACAAACUACCCGAACAGAUAGAAGCAUUGAUUGACAAGGUCAAACUAAAAGAUCAAGAUUCUCUUGUGAAAAGGUGUAUUAAAACAUCUUGUUUGUAUGAUGCUGAACAGAAGAAACUGGCAAUACGUAAAGACCCAGAGAGGCCAGCAUGGAUUUUCCCAAGAGAUUAUGGCAUUACAGAAACUAGGAAAAACCGCAUGAUCUGCAACCGCUUGGUCCACCUGUGUUCUCUCGCCUGCCCAGACAUCAGCAGACAACGGAUGGUGUUCAAUGAUGUACCCAUGUCUGUUCCACUUUAUUGGGAGGAAGAUCCCCUCGAGUUUCGCAUGCGAAGUGAUGUCUUCAUCUCCUCAGAGAAGCCCUUACCUGCAAUAGUUAGCCCAUCAGUUGCAGAAAGCUGUAUCCUUCCAGACCUCAUGGUUAGCCACCCCGUCAUCUCAUUGGACGAGAGUAACUUUUAUGAGUUUAAGGACAUUUUCCCUAUAAAAGAAAAUGCCAAGUAUGCCAAUGUACACACAAUCAUGGUUCAUUACAAUCAUCAAGAAGUGAAGAACAUUUACGAGAGAAACGUAGAAGAGACCCAGAUCCAUGGCAGGGCUCUACUGAAAGCAUUCACAGCAGCUGUAGCUCAAGCACGUUACAACUAUGGGGCUGAUGUAAAAGAUUUACCGAAACCUGUUGUGGUGCAGUGCCUACAAACAGAUGGAAGACGUUUCGACUUCAGUGUUUUUCAACUUAACACUGCUGAUUUGUUCAGCUCUAUACACAAUAUUUACUGGAGUCUCCCUGCAAUGAAUUUGUAUGAAAACUGUUCAUAUGUACAGGGUAUCCCUGUUUUAGAAGGAUACAAUCCUCAAGUCUUUAAACAUGUGUUAGCAUUUUAUAACUUCAAUUAAUAUAUGUCAAUAUAUUGUAUUGCCUUAGUUUAGUAA